ACCUCUCAACAACUCUCUAGGAGAUUCCAAAGCCCACCUUACUCUCUUCCAAUUGAAAAUUUUCCUUCCCAUUUUUUUAUAUUUUCUUUCACUUUCUUGCCCUCUCUCGUUCUAUAAAUCGCCCCCUCAACAAUCUAAUAAACCUCUUCCUCUUUCCUUUCUCUUUCCCCCCAUAGAUCUUUGGUUUUGAAGCUCUGUAGCCUCUCUCUCUCUCUCUCUCUCUCUCUCUCUCUCUCUCUCUAAGGCCUUGUUAUAGAUCUGAGGUUUUGUUUUCCCCUGUUUCUCUCUGCUUUUCUUUGAUUUCUAGGCUCUGGUUUUGGUUGGGUUUUGGAUUGAAUACCAAAGACCCAUCUAAUUACUCUGUCGAAUUUUUUCUAGUUGAGAUCUGUUGAUGCUGUUUUGGAUUAAAUAUCAAAUACCCAUCCAGUUUGUUACUCUGUUGAAUUUUUCUCUGUUCAGAUCUGUAGCUGUGAAACUCUCUGUGUCUGUGUCUGUGCCUGUGUCUGUGUCUGUCUCUAUCUAAAUCUUGAUGUUGAGUAUAUUGAUCUUAAUGUUUGAGAUUCAUGUCUCCAGUUCUUAGCGAAAUCCUCCGUUCGGGGUUUAUGAUAAAUUCCUCACUCCGGCGCAGGACCCAUCUUGUUCAAUCUUUCUCUGUUGUCUUCCUCUACUGGUUCUACGUUUUUUCAUGAACAACAAUCUCCACUGUUCUUGAUUUAUAUCACUAUAAAUAUAUAUAUAUUUAUAUAUGUACCUAAAUCUAUCUAGAUAUAACUAGUAUCUGGGUCCUGCGCACUAUAUUUUAUUUUUAAUUUUGCUGUAAAAUUAGUAGUAAGAUCUUUGGUUUGGUGUAAAAUAUACCAAAUGGCUUCUUCAAGUGGAAAUUCUUCAGGGUCUACACAGAUUCAGAGCCACUCUGGCUCUGAAGAGCACUUGCAAGGUAAGAUGGAUCAGAGGAAGAGGAAGAGGAUGGAAUCGAAUCGGGAAUCGGCGAGGCGUUCUCGCAUGCGAAAACAGAAGCAUUUGAAUGAUCUGGUUAACCAGGUUGCUCAGCUGAGGAAAGAAAACAAUCAGAUCAACACAAGUGUGAGCAUCACCACUCAGCACUACCUCAAUGUUGAGGCAGAGAACUCUGUUUUGAGAGCUCAGAUGGAUGAACUUAGCCAGAGAUUGCAGUCUCUCAAUGAUAUCUUGAAUUACAUGAACACCAACAAUGGUGUGUUUGAGACUCGGGGUUUUGAGCCCAGUCCCGAUAGUUUCAUGAACAAUUCUUGGAACUUGAUGUAUCUUAAUCAACAACCCAUCAUGGCUGCUGCUGAUAUCUUUCAGUACUGAUCAGCAUCAUCAUCAUCAUCAAGAAGAUUGUUAAAAUUGGUUAAUUAGGGUGAAUCAGUAUGAUUAUUAGGAGAAUAAUAAGUAUCUGAACACAUAAAUCAGUCACGGAAUAUGUAUGAAUCGAUAAAAUUUUUUAGAAUUGAAUCUGGUACCAACAACAUUUUCUGUAAAAUCCUUAUGGAUUUAUUUGAUUUUUGUGUUCGUAGUUAAACUCUGUAUGAGAAAUUGGUAAGGGAAUAUUAAUUUGUAAUCAAAUUGGUUGUCUAUUGAGAUAUUGAAUGAAUUGCGUCUUUGCUUGUAAUUUCA